GGGAUUAGGGCAACGCUUAUUGGUCUCGUCUACCACUAUUGGGAUUCCACCUUCUUCUCCAUCAAACGUUUUGCCUUUGUCGCUGGAAAUUUUGCCGGCCCUAUUCAAGUGAAAGAUGUCUGUGUUGGAUUUAACUCCUACAAUGUGUUGUGAUUCUUCGGCUUGCCCUGGAGUUAAGAGGGGAGCGAGCUCCGAGGCAUUAGGUGCUGCAGAGAUGAAAAAAUCGAGAGUGGUAGAGAAUGAUGCAAGCCCAAGUUCCUCCGUCAUCGAUUCUCUGACAAAGCGACUUGGGUUUCUGUCUAGCAAAGUAAGAAAAAACCCAGGGAUUAAGGAGGCAGCUAAAAAGAUUUUCAUUCAUCUGAAGCUUGCUGUUGAAGAUGACAGAUAUGUAGAGACUUUUGCUACGCUAGUGGUGAACCUGAUGAAAGAUAAAACAUUUCAACAAGCAUUUGUUGAGGCACAUGUGAAGGCUCCUUCCCUGAUCUCUUUAGUAGAUGCUUACUCACUAGAUGUAACUAACCAAGUUCGGGUGGAAUUUCUAAGGAGAGACAACGCAUUGCAGCUCAUUUUACAGAAGACACUAGACAGAUAUGAUAUGAGGGAUAUCUUGGGCAUCGCAAUGGGGUACUGGAGUAGUCAAUGGUUUUGCACCGAGUUGCAUGAAGAGAUUAAUAAAAAUGAAGCUGCCAGGAAAGUUUAUCGGGUGACUAGAAUUGUCAACAUUGAUGUUCCUUACUCUAUUGAGGGCCUGAAAUCAGCGUUGGCUACUAGGUUCAAAGAUGAUGAGCUUCAGAGCAUGUAUGAGCAGAUAAAUAAAUCAAAUAUGAAGUUCGGAGGUUUUAAAAGCAGUUCGAUUAAAUGGUUGGUCCUUUUGUGGAAGAGUGACAAAGAUUUUCGUCCAUUUUCUUAUGGGUUCUAUGAACACCCAUUCCCUGGUCUAUAAUGCAUGAUUGUUCUUUCCAAUCUUCUGUUACUAUAGGUUAUAGUUGGAUUUUUACUGCAAUGAUGGAAGUUAUAUUUUGUUGACGUCAUGUUCUCAUUUAAAGUUUUUGAAAAAUUGUUGGGGAUACAAAUUUCCUUCGAAGGGAAUGGUUGACAGCUCACCAUGUGUGGUGGUACUGCAAAUAAUUAGGUGCGCAUUUGCACACCUUGCUAGGUGUGCCAAAGCCUUUGUGAAAUACAAUCCCUCAAAAAACGCGUGAGGUAAUUUUUUUUCUUUUAAAUGGGAC